AUGGAUAAUAAGAACCAGAAGGCGACUCGCCAGAGACGCACUACUGUUGACACGAGCUCUGGGUCGGGUGCUCCGCGUCGGGAGGAGGUGCAGCUGGAGGAGGACGAGCAUGGUUCAGAUGCUCCGCUCAGUGAGGCAACAUUCACCAGAGCGCUGCAGGGUCUGAAGCAGGACAUUUGCGGUACAUUUGACUCGAAGAUGGAUACCCUUACCCUCACAUUAAGGUCAGAAAUUCUAUCUGUGAAGGCUGAGCUCAAAGCUAAUGUGAACUCCAUCCAAACUUUUGUGGAAACUCAGGGGGCCACCAUUAAAGACCUCGAGGCUUCCGCCACUUCUUGCAGUGACGAGUUGACGUCACUUCAGGCCUCUGUAUGUGAUUUGGCUGAGGAAGUAAAACAACUACAGUCUAAAUGUGAGGAUCUGGAGGGAAGGUCAAGGAGGAACAACAUUCGUCUCAUCGGGCUGGCUGAGGGACUGGAGCUGCCUAAUACUAGAGAAUUCAUCUCACAACUUUUGCGCGACCUGGUGAGGUUGGAGGAGGUGCCACUUCUGGACCGAGCUCAUAGAUCUAGCAGGGAAAAACCAAAAGAAGGGGCCCCACCUCGACCAAUAAUCAUCAGAGUGCACUAUUUUCACGUGAAGGAACAGAUUCUGCGGCGGGCAGGAGCUGCUGCACCUCUUCUUUAUCAGGGCAGGAAAAUUUUCAUUUUUCCAGACUUUACGUCAGCUGUGGCCAAGAAACGUUCUCAAUUUGUGAACGCUAAACGUCUCCUACACUCCUGCCCUGGCAUCAAGUUUGGUCUGUUCUACCCUGCUGAGUUGAGAAUCACACUACCGGAUGGAGCUGUGCGUAGAUUCUCCGAUCCCAAAGCUGCCACAGACUUUAUAACGUGGAGUCACGGCACAAUGGUGGGGUCCUCUCUGGGUUCAGAGCAGGCGGUCGGAAGGCGUUUGGGGGAAGGUGAGAGGACGGACUGA